GGGGGGGGGGGUUGAAAUUAUCAAGCCAGGGAGGGUGUUUCUCGAGGUUCCGGUUGGGGUCGGGGCGCCGUCAGGGUGGAAACAAGCCAAUAGCAAUCGGUACGAGCCGGGACUUGCCAAGUUAGGUUGCGACUUCGCCGGCAUUACUCCGUCGGGAGCGAGGCGAUGUCGAUCCUGUGGGAGAAGAGCGAGGCGUGGCGAUGGCUGGUGCGGAGGACCCGCGACUCGAAGCCCUUCUUCUUCGCGUUCGCGACGAUCUGCGGCGUCGUCCCGGGCGUCAUCGGCUACGGCGUCAUGCAGCUCACCAACUCCCGCAACGACGAACUCGAAGCCCACCUCCGCAAGACCGCCCGCCCCGAGUCUACCAUGAUGGGGCAAGUUAACCGAGAGUGGCUCGCAGAAUAUCUUGGAGAGCUGCAACGCAAAGAGGACACUAAUGAUCGGUAUUUAGCUGCUUUGAGAGGAGAGGUGCUGACUAGAAAUGCUCAUGCUAGAGUUCAACCACUUCCCAAACAAACCAGUGGAGAAACCAGCAAAGAGAAGUAGUGUAGGUAGGAAGUUGUCCGCAGUGAUUGCUUUGAUAUUUUCUUACUCUGUAUAAACAUUAUGGAUAUGCUUGGUUGAUAGGAUCCAGAAUUGGUCGAUAUUGAAAAACCAAUAGUUGCAACGGUUUGCAGGAGUUGCAUAUUGUGUAUUAAGACUCUUCGAGCGAUGUUCUUGAACAAAGAUUUUAUUAGAUCCCAACCCGGUUCAUAGUUGUUUUGCUGUUCAUGUUUUUAAUCUUUAAUACAGACUCGUGAGUAAAUAAUUGUAGACUGGAGAUGCAGUCUGAUAUUUGAUGUC